CCUGAUGGAGAAAUGCCCCAACCAAACAGGGACCAAGCGCAGUACUUCAGCCGUGUUUGCAAAUGAUCGCAAACAAAGAUAAAAGCACCUUCCAAAAAGGUGAAAAUACAGCUAUCCCUUGGCUUCCAGGUCUUAAAAGAGGCACUGCCCUGGAAGAGCAAACCAAUACAAUAAUUGUUAAAGAAACAGGUUACUUUUUUGUGUACAGCCAGGUUUAUUAUAAGGAUAAAAUCUAUGCAAUGGGGCACAUAAUAGUAAGGAAAAAGGCAAGCAUAGUUGGAGAUGAACUGCAAAAUGUAAAUUUAUUCCGAUGUAUCCAAAAUAUGAAUGAAGAUUUUCCUUUCAAUACCUGCUAUACAGCUGGGAUUGCAAAACUGGAAGAAGGAGAUAGUAUUGAACUCCUCAUACCUCGGCAGUCAGCAGUGGUAUCUCUGGAUGGGGAUUCAACAUUCUUUGGCGCUAUAAAGCUUGUAUGAAUUUUGUGGAAGAUGUACUUCUCUGUUUGUGGGUGUGCCUGAGUAGAUUGAGGGUAGUUGACACUGUAGAGACCUGUUUCAGUGAGGUUGCGUCUGCUCAGCUUCUUCUGAUACAAACAGGAAGCCCAAUGGCUGUGUAAGCACUUGUGACAUAUGGUUUAUCGGAAAGUGACUUGGGAUGGUGCCAUCACUGGUGACAAGCAAAUCAAACAGGAUGUUCAAAACAUCAGGCAUGGUAUUAAAAAUAUAUAUCUUUUAUUUUCCAUGUGCAGGUGAUUUGAGUCUUAAGGGGAUAUAGAUAAUGAAAUAAUUGCAAAAACCCUUACUUGUCACAGCUUUCCAUUCGCCAUGUCGGUCCCACAUGUGCAGUUCUGUAAGAUUUAUAUGUAAAAAAAGUAUAACUAGUACCAUACUAUACUAGGUUAAAGAAAGUUUGCAUGUCUUACUUUCAGGUAGCCUGUUACACUUCCUAGCCUAGGUCAUCGUCUCAACCCCUUCCACAGCUCCUUUCUUGUUAUUAACCAACCAGCCACUUUCCCUUAUGACAUGCUUUGCAGCCAGUGAAAUGAUUUGACCCUGAUGGCACUGCUGGGGUAAAACAGCUUUGAAGUGCAAUUAUAACAGAUUACCUGAAAGAAAUGCCUGCAAACAAGUUUUCUUUAACCGACAUCGGUAAAAUACAUGUUUGCUAUAUGAGACCUACAUAACGAAUGGUCCAAUUUAUUAAAGUAUUUCAUUAUAUAUAGGCUAACCCAGCGUUCAGGUUUCCAAUGAUCCAGAUCCAAAGUACUAGAGAGGCUCUAAAAUAGAAAUAUGGGUUUCGUUGUACAUUGCAGAUAAUACCUUUUAAUAGGAUCAGUUAAACUUGUAUGAAAAAUACCCUCGCUUUCAAGACCAUAGAGGUUUCUUCUUCAGAUGUAUUUUAAAUACAUAUUCAGCUGAUCCUAUUAAAAACUGUCAUCGCCAAAAAAAAGGUCUGCUUAUCCUACUCUGUGUACAUUGUACAGUUUAUAUACCAUAAAGAUUUAAUAUGUAUUGAUAGCUACAUUGGAUUUACAUCUGAUAAAGUCAAAACAACAACAAUUUGUUCAUGCUUUGUAAAAUACCUGUCAGUAAAGAAAGUACUUGUAAAAUGAUAAGUGUUUUUUUUUUUUAAACAACUGAGGUAAGUUUAAGAAUACCUGAUAUUGUACCUUAACCGUACUAUACCUGGUAAUGAAUGUUCCUUUAAAUCACAGUCGUGUAUUUUUUAUUUCAAAUGCUUAGAACCUUAUUUCAGUCAAAUAGGUUUUCUUUUCUUUUAAUAACUGUAAUGAUAAAUGUAAUGAAGAUAUUUGGAGUUUAUGAUUGACCUAAAAAAAUCUAAACAAGGAACAGAAAGAAACAAGGCAUGCUGGGUGAAACAAAGUAAAUAUUAAGUUAAAUAAGCAAUAAACUCCUUUUU